CCUGAUGCAGUCCGUCUCACUAUCACUCCAGGACCUGAUGGCCUCCACCAAGGACAACCUCACCUCAGACCUUUGUUCUUCAACAUCUAGGAGGAUUUUUCUUUCCUGAAGUACUACCAAGUCUGCUGGGACAAAAAGUGAGAGAUGUCUCACACCCGGGACCGUCCACACGUCACAAAGUCCACCUUGGACUCGUCUUCGUCGUCCGCCACCAAGGACAGCCUUAGGGAGCGAGUGUCCAGACCCGGGUCGUCUGGUCCGAGGGACGUCUCCAACGACAGCAGCAAGAACCACGCAGAGUCUUACUUCUCACGCAGGGAGGACAGACUUUCUGCACGCAAGAAGGCGGAGGAGGAGAUGACUCGCACCGACUAUAAGAAGAUGUUUGAAAAGGCUCUGACCACCAAUAAGAGGCUGAAGUCCAGACUGGAAACCAGUAAGCAGGAACUGGUUGUGAUCCAGGAGCAACUGCAGAGAGCUCAGCAAAAGGAGUUAAAGAGUGAACUUGGUUCCAACAUGCUUGAAACAGAAAAAAAGGACAGCUGGAGUGUGAGGAAGAAGAUCUCUGACAUGGAGGAGCAGCUGAAGGUGAAAGCAGAAGUUGAAACAGAGAAUCAGAGACUGAAAGAUGAAAAUGGAGCUCUGAUCCGCGUCAUCACCAAAUUGUCCAAGUGACUCACUGAGGAAGGAAUAGGUGUGACGUCUCACCUGUGGUGUCUCUCCCCUGUGUUGUCUCUCACCUGUGAUGUCUCUCACCUGUGUUGUCUCUCACCUGUGGUGUCUCUCACCUGUGGUGUCUCUCACCUGUGGUGUCUCUCCCCUGUGUUGUCUCUCACCUGUGAUGUCUCUCACCUGUGUUGUCUCUCACCUGUGGUGUCUCUCACCUGUGGUGUCUCUCACCUGUGGUGUCUCUCACCUGUGGUGUCUCUCCCCUGUGUUGUCUCUCACCUGUGUUGUCUCUCACCUGUGAUGUCUCUCACCUGUGUUGUCUCUCACCUGUGAUGUCUCUCACCUGUGGUGUCUCUCACCUGUGUUGUCUCUCACCUGUGUUGUCUCUCACCUGUGGUGUCUCUCACCUGUGU